AGGCCCUCCUUUGCCAAACAGACCCUUAAAUCCGGUCCUAGGCCCAAAGCUUUUGUCACUCGGCUCUUGUGUCCUCUCUUGAAUGCGAAAUGGCGCCUCACGAAGUUCGUCGCCCGUUCAAACGUCCGGCUAUCUCCGAUCAACAGAAGCGCCGGGAGCUCUCGCUUCUCAGGCAAGCGCAGAACCGGCGAGACGCUCAACACCAUGCUCGCUGCUUAGCAUCCACCGUCGUCUCCCUCCAAGCCCCUAACCCUGAACCAAUCUCCGAACCGGAAAUCGCAGACGAACCUAGUGUCGAAUCUGAGUCCCAAUCUAUACCUAGGGACAUUGAUGUGCGUCAGGCAUCGAAGCUCAAAGGCUACGAAGCUCGUCGCUGGUUCGCAAGGCAGUUGAUGCUACCGGAGUGGAUGAUCGAUGUUCCAGACCGCUUGAGUCACGACUGGUAUGUAUUAGCACGGCCCACUGGAAAACGAUGUUUUGUUGUUUCUUCUGAUGGAACAACAGUUAGUAGGCUACGCAAUGGCUCUGUCUUGCACCAUUUCCCUUCUGCUCUGCCCAACGGGGCAAGGACAAGAGAUAUCUCUGGUUCUGCUCAAUCAUAUUGUAUUCUGGAUUGCAUAUUUCAUGAGUUGGAUCAAACUUAUUACGUGAUUGACAUGGUGUGCUGGCGGGGAUACUCUUUAUAUGACUGCACUGCUGAGUUCAGAUUUUUUUGGGUGAACUCCAAGCUUGCUGAGACUGGGGCCUGUGACCCUCCUUCACCUUACCAUAGAUACAGAUUUAGUGUGGUCCCCAUUUACAACUGUGACCAGAAUGGUCUGUACACUGCUUACACAGGGGCAGCACCUUAUGUCAAGGAUGGACUAUUGUUUUAUAACAGGCAUGCGCAUUAUCAAACUGGAAACACACCACUGACAUUGGUUUGGAAGGAUGAGAACUGUAGUCAGUAUGUUAUCGAUACAGAUAGUAAAGGACAGGUUCCAAGUCAACAACAGGUGGUUUUGGAGCUACAAGAUGAUGGAAACCUGACAACAUCAGAUGAUCCUCCUGUUGUAUUUGGGUCCUUAGAUGGGGACUUCAUACAAAAGUCUGGGCUCUGUUCAGGAAACCUUCUACGAUUUGCUGUUAGUGAUGGUGGAUUGAGUUUUGUGGAUGGAAAGCUUGAAAGGGCUGAUCUACACUACCUGGGCAAGGUGAAUCGAGCACGUGCUUUCGCAGAUAGUUAUUCCAAGGUUGGUGGAAUUUUAGAUUCUACUUUGGAAGGUUGGUUCAAUUGCCACGUGGUCCCAAUUAGUGAUAAAUCCAUAGCAAUAAAUAUGAAAUGCCUCAAAAAAUGGUUGCAAAAAUUCGAGUUGACAGUCAGUUUUCUAACCUUCCCUGAAAUGGUGGUUGGUCAUAAUCCUUCCUAUGAAGUAGAUCAUGAUUCUAGCUCUGCUAGAUUUCUGAGAAGGUAUUAUUAUCUGCCUGAUCUGCUUUGCCUGUGCACAUGUGAUCUGAUAAAAAGAUCAAAAAGAAAAAGAGGAAAUUGCCUUGAAAAUCAGCAAUGGCAAAUAUUCCUCUAAAUAUGUGGCAUUUCAAUGGCAUCUACACAUUAAAAUUUUAAUGACAACAGAACGAAAAACCAUUGACAUUUUGAAAUUGUAAUGAUGAAAUAACCAGAAAUGGCUUCAUGUACCUUGUUAUGGUCACGUUGAAUUGGUAGUUGGCUUAUAUGUUCCUUUCUCUCCAUCAAAAUAAAAUCUCUUUUGGAGUAUCUAAGCCACAUUAUGUUUGUGUGUCAUAUUUGAAUGCUUAUAACCGGUGCUCUCUGGUUUUUUCUAGUCUUUUUGUACUGCCAAGAACCGAGUUAAUGUAUCUCUGCAAUUGUUACCUUCUUA